ACUUUCUUGCGGAACCACUCAGAUUCCUGUCACUUCUCAGAGUCCCUCCUUGGUAGCCAUGGCCCUGCCGCCCUUCUUCGCUCCGGGUCGCCCGGGCCCGCCGCCCCCGCAGCCGCCGCCUCCCGCUCCUUUCGGCUGUCCACCACCGCCGCUACCCUCCCCGGCUUUCCCGCCGCCUCUUCCCCAGCGGCCCGGUCCUUUUCCGGGGGCCUCCGCCCCCUUCCUCCAGCCCCCGCUGGCUCUGCAGCCCCGGGCCUCCGGGGAAACCUCUCGCGGCAGCAGUGGCGGCGGCGCCUUCUACCCGGUGCCGCCACCACCGCUGCCUCCGCCGCCGCCCCAGUGCCGGCCCUUCUUGGGGACCGACGCGGGUGAGCGCCCGCGGCCACCGCCUCCAGGCCCGGGGCCGCCCUGGAGCCCGCGCUGGCCUGAGGCACCACCGCCGUCCGACGUGCUGGGGGACGCGGCUCUGCAGCGCCUGCGCGACCGGCAGUGGCUAGAGGCGGUGUUCGGGACCCCGCGGCGGGCCGGCUGUCCGGUGCCCACGCGCGCGCCCGCCGGGCCCAGUUUGGGUGAGGUGCGCGCCCGGUUGUGUGGGGCCCUGCGCCUGGUGCGGCGGCUGCGCGACCUGGGCCAGGCCUUGCGCGACGCCGAGGCCGACGGCGCGGCUUGGACACAGCUGCAUGCGCAAGCUCAGCCUCUGCGCGCCGAGCUGGCCGAGCGACUACAGCUGCUGACCCAGGCCGCCUAUGUGGGCGAGGCGCGGCGCAGGCUGGAGAGGGUCCGGCGCCGCCGGCUGCGGCUUCGUGAGAGGGCCCGGGAACGCGAGGCCGAGCGGGAGGCGGAGGCCGCGCGCGCAGCGGAGCGAGAGCAGGAAAUUGACCGCUGGAGGGUCAAGUGCGUGCAGGAGGUGGAGGAGAAGAAGAGGGAGCAGGAACUUAAAGCUGCUGCUGAUGGUGUCUUAUCUGAAGUGAGGAAAAAACAAGCAGACACUAAAAGAAUGGUGGACAUUCUUCGGGCCUUGGAGAAACUGAGAAAACUCAGGAAAGAGGCUGCAGCAAGGAAAGGGGUCUGUCCUCCAGCAUCAGCAGAUGAGACUUUUGAGCAUCACCUUCAUCGACUGAGAAAACUAAUUAAAAAACGCUCUGAACUAUAUGAAGCUGAAGAGAGAGCCCUCAGAGUUAUGUUGGAAGGAGAACAAGAGGAAGAGAGAAAAAGAGAAGUAGAAAAGAAACAGAGGAAAGAAAAAGAGAAAAUUUUACUUCAGAAGCGUGAAAUUGAGUCCAAGUUAUUUGGAGAUCCAGAUGAGUUCCCCCUCGCUCACCUCUUGCAGCCUUUCCGGCAGUAUUACCUCCAAGCUGAACACUCUCUGCCAGCGCUCAUCCAGAUAAGGCAUGAUUGGGAUCAGUACCUGGUGCCAUCUGAUCAUCCCAAAGGCAACUCCGUUCCCCAAGGAUGGGUCCUUCCCCCGCUCCCCAGCAACGACAUCUGGGCAACCGCCAUUAAGCUGCAUUAGGAAAAAUGCUUCAGCAGUGUGGUCCAGCCAAGGGUCUUUCCAGCUCUAAGUAUUGGUGCUGCUGCCAUCUUCUUGUGCUAUAGACUAAACAGCUUCUAAACUCCAUGUGGCAUUGCCCUGCCCAGAAGUUACGUUUUCCUUCCGUGCUCCGUCCUGGCCAGAGAUGCCUCUUGAAUCAGGAGAUUAAUAUGGUUCUUCAGGAAAGGACCUCAGUGAACUGAGGUUAUUACCACAGGCAAUAGCCUUGGUUCACCACAUUUGCCUCUGUUUUGAGGGGCUUGGUCCAGAGUGACUUGUAAGUUUACUGUUUUUUGUGUGGCGAUGGGUAAGUACACUCUACACACUCAUGCACGCAACACAGGUGUGCUGGGUAGAUUGAGCAGUUGUUCCCCCAGUACUGAUUGUUAAGGCAAGCUCGAUGCAAGACGUCCUUAUCCUUCCUUCCCAAAGGGCCCUCUGACUUCCAGGAAGAAAGGCCAGGAAUGCUUUAUCUUUGGUUUUGAGUCCCACUUUUGGUGCAGCUGGAGCAGCUAAAGGCUGGGCUGCCAGAAAAGUUGGUGGCUUCAUCUCAUAGUCAUCUGGAGAACUUGGAAAACCUGAAGAGUACAUGUACCCAGACUGGAUUGUGUUUUAAUGGAUGAUGGCUCACUUUCCCCAUAUUAGAAGAAUCCUAAUGAAAGCACCUGCUUUUUAAAUUCCUAAUCUGGUUGUUUGGAAUCCUUGAGGGUAAAUAUUAAUUUCUUUAUGGGAAUGGGACCUUGAUUAACCUCACUUAGAUUGUGGCAGCCAGUAUGUGUCAAAUUUUUCUUAGGAACUCAAGCUUCCAAAAAUACACAUGCCAUUUAAGCUGGGGGGGAAAGCAGAUAAAAAUAAUAAAAUUUAUUUUUUUAUAUUCAUUAAUAAAUGCUGUUGUGCUUGGAGAUCAGUCAUGUAACAUCA